CCUUCCUCCCCCACGAAAUGUGCCCAACCCAGUGUGCAUAGGCACACGUGCAUAGAUUACCAACCUUCCAUUUCAACUCCUUGGGAUAACUUUUGUGCCUCUUUUGUUUUUAAAAAGGUGUAUUGCUUUAAAAUUUGGAGAAUGCCCACGCAGAUAGGGGGCGGUGGAAGGGGCGCCUCGCCUUGCGUCGUUCCCGCGAAACGCGGCAGCGUCUAUGUCAGCUAGGCGUGAUGCUACUGCUGCGCGUGAUGCUACCACUGCUGCUGCCACUACUGCUGCUCUACUAAUAAUGCCCUUUGGAGCAACUCCCUUCCAAGCUGCAACAGCAAGCGAAACUCCCCAAACGUAGAUUUCCAAACCGGCUGUUUUCUUCCCCCUAAAAUGCCCCCACGAAGCGCUUUCCCCUGACAGGAAAUCACAACGGAAGGGAACACUGACGAGAACCAUUUCCUCCAUCUGCAACCCUUGCCCAAAUGAGUAAACUGGAAAACCAAAUUAAACACAUCGAAAGCAACAUCAUUUUUAAGGAAAAAAGAAUUCAGGACCUGGAAAGAGAAAUCCAGGAACUAAAAAAUUAUUCAAAAAGUCUUUACGAAAAAUUGAUAAAUCAACAAGAAGUUCUGCUGAAAAGAAAAAAACAAAAUGUUCUGACAGACAUCAAAAUUAAUAGGCUGAAAAAAGACAUCAUUGAAAUAUGUAAAGCCAUCCAAAAUGCAAACAAAAAAAUAACUCACACCUUCGCAGAAUUGAAAAAAAAAAAAAAACUCAUAAAGGAAAAUACACAAUGUAUGGAAGAAAUAUAUAAUGAUGUGCUUAAAAAAAAUGCCAUGCACAAUGAACAGAAUAACACCACAUUAACAAUUUUAAAUAAUUUUUUUAUAAAAAAAGAACUUCAUAAUAAUGACUUGAAAUUGCUACUUAAGGUAAAGAAGGAAAAAAUUAAAAUUGUAAAAAAUCAAGUUAAAGAAAUGGACAAGAAUAUCACCGCCAAACGCUCAAACAUUGCACUGCUGGACAGCAGACUCACCGCCAACCUGCAUACCAUCAAAGGUUGCAUAGGCGAAUUAACCCAGAUGGGUGCCAUUCAAACUAUUCAAAUUAAUAAAAAGAACAUCCCGAGGAUCUGCCUAAAUAUAAUAAAUAAUCUCAUAGAAAAACAGGAGGGGAGAAAAGAAACCGUUUGGGAUCCUCACACCGAUGAUGAUAAGAUGCAAACAGCCGAUAACACAGUCGCGACGGAAAAUAGGGAAGAAGAAAAAUUAGAACUUCGAUUAAAUACGCAAGAAUUUAUCGAGCUGGAAAAUUUCCUCUUAUGAGAUAGGUAUGUAAAAUGCUUAUCUCUCCUGCUUUACAAAAAUUUGUUAGCCCUUUUAGAAGGCGUCACAAAAAAAAAAGGAGGUGGUUAUUAGCACACCAACAAAUGGCUCACCAGCACGAUGCACUUCACCUUUGGGGAAGCAUAUAACAAAUUGAACAGACGCGGCAUUUACGCAGACAAAGAUGUGCCCUCAAAUGGGACGAAGCACAAGUGUCACCUUUCUCCAGUUAGCAUCAUUAAAACGCCCAUGAAAAAAAAAUAAGGCAUGCUGCCAAUUACCAGAAAAGGGAACAUUUUUUCUCCCCAAAAUUGCGAAUUCGGGUUGAAUUUUUUUUGUACUCACACGGAUACAUUUAUGAAUGCACGUUUCGUCAACCUGCCCCUUUCAACAUAAACUAAGCGUGUUGACAACUGAUGUCUGAGUUUUCCCCCUUCCUGCUUCACCCUUGUCAGCAAGGCUGCUGCACAUCAAGAGGAAACAUUUUUUUUAAUUUCAAAACGGAAUUUUAUCUCACAUGGGGGUAAGGGGUUGGACAAUACUCACUCGUUCAUACUCCCUUUUGGAGAAGCAAAAAACACAUUUGUGUUAUUUUUUUUGGUGGGAAGCCUUUCUCACUGAAGUGACCUGUCAAAAGGUAUUCCCAUGUGUGUUAGCUGUGUGGGCUGAUCCUGCACCGUCGUAUUUUCCAAACCUACUAUUAGCAGCGCAGCGGCUGUGAUGACAAUUUUUUGC